AAAAGAAGAGUUUCAGAGUCUCAGAACGACCAAACCUCUAUUUCUUCUAUACUACACAAAACACAGAGAGAUUCGGAAAAACAAUGAUCAGCAUCGAUAUAUCUCUCACUGAACUUUUCUUAACGUAACGUAAUCCAAAUCCCCUUUUUCUGCUUUACUUGUUUACUCUCAAAGUCUUAGUUCAUAAAAUUCCAGAUUCAUCCGGACAUUUUUUUUUUUUAGAUUGGGAAAGAAAAAAAAAUUCAUAUAUAUAUAUAUAUAUAUAUAUAUAGAUAGAUAGAUAAGAGAAAAUUCUCCUCAGCGAGAAAAAAGAAAACGAAAGAAAAAUUUAUGGCGACCCCAAAACCCCAAAGGUCUCUGGAAGAGGUGGAAGAUAUAAUACUCAGGAAGAUAUUUUUGGUAUCGCUCACCGAUUCCUCUGACUCGGAUUCCCGAAUCGUUUACUUGGAAAUGGCUGCGGCUGAGAUUCUCAGCGAAGGUAAGCAAUUGAGGCUUUCCCGGGAUUUGAUGGAAAGGGUUCUAAUUGAUCGGCUUUCCGGGAUUUUCCCAUCUGUCGAACCCCCAUUUCAAUACCUGAUUGGCUGUUACCGACGAGCCCACGAUGAGGGCAAGAAAAUUGCUUCCAUGAAGGAUAAGAACAUCAAGUCUGAGAUGGAAUCUGUGGUCGGGCAGGCGAAGAAGCUCACCGUUUCGUAUUGUAGAAUCCAUUUGGGUAACCCGGAAGUGUUUCCGAGUGGCAAUUCGGGUUUGGGUUCGAACAAACCCGAUGCUUCGCCGCUGUUGCCGUUGAUUUUCUCGAAGGUUGGGAGCGCGGUGGUGGAUGGUUUUGGAGGUAGUAGUAGUGGCGUUCAGUGCCCACCUGGGUUCUUGGAGGAAUUUUUCAAAGACUCCGACUUUGAUAGCUUGGACCCAAUAUUGAAAGGAUUGUAUGAGAACCUUAGGAAGAGCGUGAUUAAUGUUUCGGCUCUCGGGAACUUUCAGCAGCCACUGAGGGCCCUGCUUUUUUUGGUUAGUUUCCCAGUUGGUGCUAAGUCUCUGGUGAAUCAUGCUUGGUGGAUUCCUAAAGGAGUGUAUUUGAAUGGGCGUGUUAUGGAGAUGACGAGCAUUUUGGGUCCUUUCUUUCAUGUUAGUGCUCUGCCUGAUCAUGCUCUUUUCAAGAGCCAUCCCGACGUGGGGGAGCAGUGCUUUUCAGAAGCUUCAAACCGUCGACCAGCUGAUCUGUUAUCGUCAUUUACUACAAUUAAGACAGUGAUGAAUAAUUUAUAUGAUGGCCUAGCUGAGGUUCUUCUCUCACUCCUUAAAAAUACAGAAACCCGUCAGCGUGUACUUGAGUAUCUUGCGGAGGUUAUUAAUAAAAAUUCAUCAAGGGCACAUAUACAGGUGGAUCCUUUAUCUAGUGCAAGUUCAGGCAUGUUUGUCAAUCUCAGUGCUGUCAUGCUUCGGCUUUGUGAACCAUUUUUAGAUGCAAACUUAACAAAAAAGGAUAAAAUUGAUCCAAAAUAUGUAUUUUAUGGUGACCGUUUGGAAUUAAGAGAGUUGACUGCUCUACAUGCAUCAUCGGAAGAAGUAGCUGAGUGGAUUAACAAAGAUAGACUGGGCCAAACUAAUAGCUCUAAACAGAAUGGUCGUGAUGAUAAUCGCUUUUUACAAUCUCAAGAAGCCACCAGUUCCGGCAGUAAUAUUUCUGGACCUUCAAAAACACAUUCAACAUCAAGUGGUGAAAAGAGCAAGUAUACAUUUAUAUGUGAAUGCUUCUUCAUGACUGCAAGGAUUCUCAAUCUGGGCUUGUUGAAAGCAUUUUCCGACUUUAAACAUUUGGUUCAGGACAUCACAAGAAGUGAAGAUACUCUCAACACUCUUAAAGACAUGCAAGAGCAGGCACCUUCUCCACAAAUGGCGCAGGAUAUAAAACGUCUUGAGAAAGAACUAGAGGUGUAUUCCCAGGAAAAGCUUUGUUAUGAAGCUCAGAUACUAAGGGAUGGGACACUUAUACAGCGAGCCCUUUCUUUCUACCGGUUAUUGGUUGUAUGGUUGGUUGGCAUGGUUGGUGGAUUUAAAAUGCCUCUACCAUCAACUUGUCCUAUGGAAUUUGCAUGUAUGCCUGAGCACUUUGUGGAAGAUGCCAUGGAACUGAUUAUAUUUGCUUCUCGGAUUCCAAAAGCUUUAGAUGGUGUCCCGCUGGAUGAUUUUAUGAACUUUAUUAUCAUGUUCAUGGCCAGUCCAAACUAUAUCAGAAACCCAUAUCUAAGGUCAAAGAUGGUUGAAGUCCUGAACUGCUGGAUGCCCCGUAGAAGUGGUUCAUCUGCUACUGCUAGUCUAUUUGAAGGCCACCAACUGUCUCUUGAGUAUCUUGUGAAAAACCUUUUGAAGCUCUAUGUUGACAUUGAGUUCACUGGUUCUCAUACUCAGUUCUAUGAUAAGUUUAACAUCCGUCAUAAUAUUGCCGAACUUCUUGAGUACCUUUGGCAAGUCCCUAGCCAUCGUAAUGCUUGGAGACAGAUUGCUAAGGAAGAGGAGAAGGGCGUCUAUCUGAAUUUCUUAAACUUCUUAAUAAAUGAUAGCAUCUAUCUUCUUGAUGAAAGUCUUAACAAAAUUCUUGAACUCAAAGAGCUUGAAGCUGAGAUGUCAAAUACUACAGAAUGGGAGCGAAGACCUGCUCAAGAGAGGCAGGAGAGAACUCGGCUAUUCCAUUCUCAAGAGAAUAUUAUCCGUAUCGACAUGAAGCUGGCAAAUGAAGAUGUGAGUAUGCUGGCAUUUACUUCUGAACAGAUUACGGCUCCUUUCCUGCUGCCUGAGAUGGUCGAAAGGGUGGCCAGCAUGCUCAAUUAUUUUCUGUUGCAACUUGUUGGUCCUCAAAGGAAAUCCCUUAGUUUGAAAGAGCCAGAAAAAUAUGAAUUCCGUCCAAAGCAGUUACUUAAGCAGAUUGUUUACAUAUAUGUUCAUUUGGCAAGGGGUGAUACGGAAAAUAUUUUCCCAGCUGCCAUCUCAAAGGAUGGUCGGUCAUAUAAUGAACAGUUGUUUAAUGCUGCAGCUGAUGUCCUACGGAGAAUUGGUGAAAAUGGAAGGGUUAUACAGGAAUUUAUCGAGCUGGGUGCCAAAGCCAAAGUUGCAGCUGCAGAGGCCAUGGAUGCUGAAGCUGCUCUUGGGGAGAUACCAGAUGAAUUCCUUGAUCCAAUCCAAUACACUUUAAUGAAAGAUCCUGUGAUCUUACCUUCUUCAAGAAUCACAGUAGACCGGCCAGUGAUUCAAAGGCAUCUUCUUAGUGAUAGUACUGAUCCUUUCAACCGUUCCCAUCUCACUGUGGACAUGCUGAUACCAGACACUGAAUUGAAAGCAAGAAUUGAGGAGUUCGUCAGGUCCCAAGAAUCAAAGAAGAGGGAAGGCCUAAGCAUCCAGAGCACCAAGGCAACAAUACAACCCACAGUUAGUGAAAUGCUAAUUGAUUAGGACAGCAUUAGGUUUCUGGUUUUGGAAUUAGAGUUUGGAUUCAUGCAUGGGAGGUGGAUAAAUUGCCUCAAAUGAUAAUAUUGGAAGUGGAUUGUAAUUAUUCUAAUGCCAAUCAAUUACAUAUUUAUUCCUAGAUAAAUGAUUAACUAUUUUCCAAAGCUUGUAAAAUUAUGUAAUUUGAUGUAAAAUGCAGCAUCAUAAUCGAUUGGAAUACACUAGGCAAUAUUUAUGCUUUA